AUGAAAACGUCGAUACCUGAGGGGAAGUAUAAGAUACAGUGGACAGAUAGAAUGCAGCUGGAUGAUCUAGACUUCGCAGAUGAUCUAGCUCUUCUAUCGCACACGCAACCACAAAUGCAGGAGAAGACGAACAACAUAGCAGUAGCCUCAGCAGCAGUAGGUUUCAACAUACACAAACGUAAAAGCAAGAUUAUCCGAUACAACACAACAUGCACCAAUCAAAUCACAUUUGA